GCAAUUUAUUCAUUCAUAUCAAAAGUAACACAGAUCACUUAUCCUACAAGUGGUCCCAAACACCACCAAAAGCACCUUCUACUCGUCUCUAACGAUACAAGUUCUCAAAUUGAAUGAAUUGAGGUAGGGCUUUCACACUCAUGGCUACUUUUUGGCUUUUCCUACAAGGGCAGUUAAAAGAAUGCCAACAUAACUAAGGUCACGAGGCAGUCCACUUCCUCCACACACUCCUUAUCACAGUUCACCCCACCCCUCCUUAAAGCUUGUAAAUGCCCAAACAACAACUCCCCAACAAAAGAAUCCAUCAGGCUUCAGCAGGGCAAAGAUAUCUAAGUACAUAGCAUGAAACGCAGUACUUCUUCUAAAAAGCUGAGUGAGAUCAUAGAGAAAUGGAGAAAGAGGAAGAAGGGCCAUUUUGUUGUCUACACCAGAGAUGGAAAGAGGUUUGUUCUGCCUCUUUACUACUUGAACCACCCCAUCUUCAGAGUACUGCUGGAGAUGGCAGAGGAGGAGUUCGGCUCGACGGUUCACGGGCCUCUGCAAGUUCCUUGUGAAGAAGGGCUGAUGUACUCCAUUCUCUCCCUGCUAAGCAAGAAUAAUCCUUCCGGGGAAGUCGAGAAAGCCCUCCUCUCAAUGACUACCUGCCGGGGCGCUUCCUUUUCUUCCUUCCUGCCUCUUUUUAAUGCCCACAACCAGGGUGAGAAUGGAAAUAUAGCUUUGUAGCUGAUGGUUUUAAUAGAAAAUAUGACAAGCGUAGGACAAUUUUGACUUAACACGUAUCGCAGUUGUGUGUUUGCUUCAAAACUUUUAAGUUACCAUUUGGGUUUUUGCUUUUCUUGCUUUUAAGCCCAAAUUUGAAAUUUGACACUCAAAACUAGCAUCUGAAGGAAGAAGAGUUGGUUAAUCCGCAUACAGAAUUUUGCUCUUACUAGCAUUCAAUGCAAUUAAAUGGUUCCAUGUAUUUUUGUCCCUCUUCUGUUCUCGCAGAUGUGUUUUUACUUUUAAGUUACCAUUUGGGAUUUUGGUUUUCUUGCUUUUAAGCCCAAAUUCGAAAUUUGUCACUCAAAACUAGCGUGUAAAGGAAAAAGGGCUGGUUAAUCCACAUACAGAAUUUCGCUCUUGCUAGCAUUCAAUGCAACCCAAUGGUUCCAUGUUUUUUAUUUUUUUUUCUCCUGUUCUUUUGAUUUUCGGUUGAAUUCCUGAUGAGAUGGACAUUGAAUUCAAUCUUUCCGUGUAUUUUAAUUCUCUUCUGUUCUUUUGUUUUUCGGUUGAAUUCCUGAUUAGAUAGAUCUUCCAAUAUUCGGGCAAAAUUUAAAAACAUAAUGGAACACUGCAAAAGAAGUUGCGAUGUUGUAUUCCCA